AGUUCCUGUAAUGACACCAUGGCAGCUGGAGGAUCGAUGAAAGCAAGAUGGCUGGACGCCUAUGUGUUCCCCGCUGAGGCCCUGUGACAGCCGCUGAUCAGGACACCAGGGAUUAUACACAUAGACUGACUGUACCGGGAACACGGUCCGCCCAGGGUCAUAGAGACGGACGGCUGAGGUGUGAGAGUCGCUCGCCCUGCAUUACUAAGCUAUUGGACCUUGAAGGACAAGAGCAGCCAUGGAUGACUUCAGUUCUAUUAGCCUGUUGUCCCUGGCUAUGCUGGUGGGGUGCUACGUGUCGGGAAUAAUUCCCCUUGCAGUCAAUUUCUCUGAGGAACGUUUAAAGUUGGUGACAGUUCUCGGCGCAGGUCUGCUCUGUGGAACAGCUUUAGCAGUUAUUGUUCCAGAAGGUGUCCAUGCUCUCUAUGAAGAAGCACUAGAAGCAAAACAUCAUGAAAUUGCAGAAAUCCAGAAAGUGAAGGAAUCUGAGACUGGAGCUGAGGUUGCAGCUGCACAUGACCAUGAUCACUCUAAUUUGCAUGCUUACAUUGGAGUCUCUCUGGUGCUUGGCUUUGUAUUCAUGCUGCUGGUGGAUCAGAUUGGCAGCUCUCACAUGCACUCUACAGAAGAUCCAGAGGCAGCAAGAGCAGCAAGUUCAAAAAUCACCACAACUCUGGGCCUGGUGGUGCAUGCCGCAGCUGAUGGAGUUGCUCUUGGAGCUGCAGCUUCUACUUCCCAGACCAGUGUUCAACUCAUUGUGUUUGUGGCCAUCAUGUUGCACAAGGCUCCAGCAGCAUUCGGCUUGGUUUCAUUCCUCAUGCAUGCAGGGCUAGAGCGUAACCGCAUCCGGAAGCAUUUGCUUGUAUUUGCUCUUGCAGCCCCUGUCCUGUCAAUGCUAACAUAUCUGGGAUUAAGUAAGAGCAGUAAAGAGGUCCUGUCAGAGGUCAAUGCCACUGGUGUUGCGAUGCUUUUCUCCGCUGGGACAUUCCUCUAUGUAGCCACAGUCCACGUACUUCCAGAAGUAGGUGGAAUGGGACACAGCCACAAACCAGACUCGGGUGCUGCUAAGGGACUGAGCCGUACAGAGGUGUUGGCCUUAGUCAUAGGAUGUUUAAUACCGCUCUUUUUAUCCAUUGGACAUCAACACUGAAACACAGGAGAAAGUCCAAAUCUGUUUCAAAAAGCAAUUCGCACUGGACAGAUCCAGGGACAUUGUAGUGGGGCUCCUGAUGUCUCUUAAACUUAGCAUUUGUGUAGUCAGAAGUGACUUUAUAGAACUGGAUUAUGCCAGUGGGGGUGAUUUUGGCUGUCUUACAGUUUUGUGACACCCAGACUUUCAACCUGUACAUACAUGUGGUUUUUAAUUAUUGUUUUGCUGACUAUGUGUAGAAUGCCCAGCAUUCACCAAACAAAAUGACAGUGAUAACUUUUGGGAAAUGAGGUAACGUUCCAAUUUGUGUCCUCC